AUGUCGCACGCGUCCCGGUACGGCUUCCUGGCCUCACGGCGAACCCGCCUCGCGGUCGCCUCGCUCUGCUGCCUGACACUCGUCGGGAGCCCGACGGUCGGCUUCGCAGACGACGAGGCCGAGGCUCAGGAGACGGAGCAGGCCAAGCCGUCGCCCGUCGCCGCCGAAGCGGGCGACAAAGACGACAAGGGCUCGUCCGACGAGAAGCCGGCGCCGCCCAAGCCGAAGUACCCGCCCGCGUCGAAGGUCCUGAAGGACACCAAGCCGAUCGACGGGCUGCUGAAGAUGCACCUGUCGGACACGAAGCUGUUCGCGGAGCUGAAGUCGUCGGACCUCGACAAGGACUUCAUCAUCCUGAUCACGAUCGCCAAGGGCAUCGGCAAGGUGCCGCUCUUGGGCGGCUUCAGUUGGAACGACGACUGGGUGUGGCAGUUCCGCAAGCGGGGCGACAACAUCCAGGUGGUCCGCCGCAACGUCCGCUUCAAGGCGAAGCCCGGCACGCCGACCGCCGAGGCGGUGAAGCUGGCCUACACGGACAGCGUGCUGUUCAGCCUGCCGAUCGCGACGCGCUCGGGCGGCGCAUACGUCAUCGACCUGACGCCGGUCUUCUUCACCGACCUGCCGCAGAUCAGUCAGGUGCUCACCGGCUUCUCGUUCAGCAAGCAGCGGAGCACCUGGGGUCCGGUCAAGGGCUACGACAAGAACAUGGAGAUCCAGGUCGCCGCGACCUACGCGUCGAGCGGCUACUCGUACCUGGAGACGGUGCCCGACUCGCGCGCCGCGACGAUCAACGUCCACUACUCGAUCAGCAAGCUGCCCAAGACCGACUACCGGCCCCGCGAGGCGGACGACCGGAUCGGCUACUUCCUCUCGGCGGUGAAGGACUUCUCGAAAAAAGAUGCCGACGACCGCUUCCGCCGCUAUAUCACGCGGUGGAACCUGCAGAAGGAAGACCCGUCGGCCGACGUCUCGAACCCGAAGGAGCCGAUCAAAUUCUGGCUCGAGAAGACGGUGCCGUUCAAGUACCGCAAGCCGAUCCGCGACGGCAUCGAGGAGUGGAACAAGGCGUUCGAGAAGGCCGGCUUCUACAACGCGAUCAACGUCGAGCAGCAGCCGAAGGACGCCGAUUGGGACCCGGGCGACAUCAACUACAACACGUUCCGCUGGAUCACGUCGGGCGCCGGCUUCGCGAUGGGCCCCUCGCGCGUGAAUCCCACGACGGGCGAGAUCCUUGACGCGGACAUCAUCUUCGACGCCGACUUCCUGCAGUACUGGAAGACGCAGUACGAGUACUUCACGCCGCAGGGCAUCGAGGCCUUCACCGGCGGCCCGAUCGAGAUGGAGACCUACGCGGCCCAGCAACGGACGCUGCCGCGCCACCUGCGCAACGGCCACAACGGGCGGUGCUCGUGCAACCUGCUCGGCGGGGCUUCGCAGCAGUUGGCGUACGCCGCCGCGGUCGCCGCGAGCCGCAAGCAGUCGCCCGAGGACCUCGAGGAACUGAUCAUGCAGGGCCUCAAGGAGGUCACCAUGCACGAGGUCGGCCACACGCUCGGCCUGCGGCACAACUUCAAGGCGAGCACCCUCUACUCGCUGGACGACCUGAAGGACCCCGAGAAGACAGCAAAGACGGGCCUCACCGCCUCGGUGAUGGACUACGCCCCGGUCUACAUGGUCCCCGAGGACGAGAAGCAGGGGCUCUACUACUCGCAGACGAUCGGCCCGUACGACUACUGGGCGAUCGAGUACGGCUACAAGCCGCUGAAGGACGAGAAGAAGGACCUCGGCAAGAUCGCGUCGCGCAGCGGCGAGCACGGCCUCGCGUUCUCGACCGACGAAGAGACACGCGGCAUCGACCCCGACCCGCACUCCCGGCGUUGGGACAUGGGCGACGACCUCGUCGCCUACGCCGAGCAGCAGGCGAAGGUGGUCGCGGAGUCCUUGCCGCGGGUGGUCGACGACCUCGUCGAAGAGGGCGAGGGGUACCAGAAGGCCCGUCAGGCGUUUGGCAUCCUGCUCCGCACCCACACGGCCGCGGUGUUCGCGGCGUCCCGCUAUGUCGGCGGCGUCUACGUGAGCCGCGCCCACAAGGGGGACGACAACGCACCGGAGCCGUUUGAGGUCGUCGAUGUCGAACAACAACGCGCGGCGCUCGACCUGGUGGCCAACGAGGUGUUCAGCGACAAGCCGUUCAGCAUCCCGCCGGAGCUCUACAACAAGUUGGCGCCGUCGCGUUGGCGUCACUGGGGGACUGAGUACGUCUAUCGCAGCGACUAUGAGGUGCACGACGUCAUCCUCCGCCUGCAGGACCGCCUGCUCAGUCAACUGCUCGGCUCGCUGACGAUGAGCCGGCUGCACGACAACGAGUUGAAGAUCCCCGCCGAGGAGGAGGCCCUGACGGUCGCCGACCUGAUCGAGACGCUCACCGACACGAUCUUCUCGGAGAUCACCGAGUUCGACUCGGACGCCGAGGGCGAGUACACGAACCGCAAGCCGCUCGUGUCGAGCCUCCGCCGCAACCUGCAACGGAGCUACCUGGGCCGCCUGGCCGACCUGGCCCUCGGCCGCACGUCGGCGCCGGCGGACUGCCAGACGCUCGCCUACGACGAGCUAGCGAACCUGAAGGUGUCGAUCGACGAGCUGCUGGAGGACGAGCCGGAUCUCGAUCGCUACAGCGCCGCGCACUUGCGUGAGGCCUCCGACCGCAUCCGCAAGGUGCUCGAGACCGACCGGCUUUUUGAGGGGGGCGGCGGCGCGUCGCUGCUCGACUUCCUGCUGUUCGGGAAGGAGACCGACGCGGCCUCUGCGGAAGCGGCCCGUCGCCUCCAGGCGCCGGUACUAGCCGACCCGACGGGCGGCGGCAUGAAGCUCAUCAUCGCGGUCAUCCAGCCCACGAAACUCGAGGCGACGCAGGAAGCGCUCGCCGCGAUCGGCGUCACGCGCAUGACGGUCGCCGACGCGAUGGGCUUCGCCCGCCAACGCGGCCACGCCGAGACGUACCGCGGUCACGAGUACGAGACGCACCUGCUGCGGAAGGUCGAGCUCGAGAUCGCCGUGAACGACGACUUCGUCGAGCCGGUGCUGCGUUGCCUCGAGGAGCACGCCCGCACGAGCAAGGAAGGCCACAUCGGCGACGGCAAGGCGCGUAUCAGAUCAGCGACGGGCUCGCGGGGCCGAGCGCGAUUUAGCAUGACCGCCUUGUUGAUCACGGCCGACUUGAUGGCCGGCUCGAUGGCCGAGGGCGCCGCGCAGAGAGCGGGCGUGUCGAUGAAGAUCGUCGCGCCCGGGCGUGCGUCGGACGAGCGGGACGCCCGCUUCGUCGCGAUCGACCUGACGGCUCCGAUCGCCGACCUGUCAGAGCUCGUGGCGCAGCUCCGCGCCAGCUCACCCGAAGCCACGCUGCUCGCCUACGGCCCCCACGUGCACGAGGCGAAGCUGCAGGCCGCGCAAGACGCCGGCUGCGACCUGGUCGUCUCGCGUGGGCAGUUCCACAAGCAGGUCGAAGAGCUGCUGCGGCGUCACGCCUCGGCGGAAGGCUGA